AUGCCAGCAAAGCGUAAGCUUGAUACCUUCGAUCCUAACAAGUCCGACUCCAACGACACCGACUUCGAUCCCUCCCAGGCCAGAGCGUCACCCAAAAAGUCUCGAAAGUCGUCCUCAAAACGUCAUUCAGGUGGUGGCAGACCGCAGAAGAAGCGCUCGAAGAGCUCCAAAUACAAGGGAUCUGACGUGUCGGAUGAUGACGAGGAAGAUAGCUUGCUAGAAGAAUCAUUUUCUGAUCCUGAGGACGAAGAGGACAUCGAAAUGAACGAGAAAACAGGUCGGCCAGUCCGCAAAGCCAUCAAAAAGUCGGUCAACUAUGGUGAAGAUAGCGACAGUUCCAUUGCAGAAUUGAUCAGGAACACUGAUAGCGAUGACGAACCCACGUCGAAGCGCCCAACCAAGCGAUCGCGGCCGGUUACUGACGGAGCCGAGGAAGAGGAUGAGGAUUCUGAUGAGGAGGUUCUGACAAAGCGUCCGAAAAGAAAGAUUGUGAAGUUAAAGAUCGGUACCGGAACCCCUCAAGCUGCAGCACGCUCAACCAGGGCUGGCAGUACAGCUCGCACACGUGGGAGAGGGAGCACAGAGCCAAGAUCUGCUGGCGUUCCUGCCCGUAGAAGCACGAGGGCACACACCGAGGAGGGCGAUGAGCCAAUAGCAUUGUCAACUUCCGGGAAUCAUAUUGUACGAGAAGGCCACAGUCCUGAACCCAUACAUCGAGCUCGCGCGUCUCGAGGAUCCAAAGGGCUCAAACAACCUGCAUCUACGAUUAAGGAAGAGCUUCAUGAAACUAGUUCAUACGAACAAGAAGGUGUCGAUACUACAAUGGCUACCGAAAUUGCGGGAACAGACGAUCAAGAUGAAGCCGAUGCAGCACUAGACAAGUCCGACGCGGUGAUGGGAGAAGACGAUGCCGAUGAGCUUGCCAAUCCAGACGAUGGCGCAACACAACCUGCGGCGACUGGUCUUGAUGCUGAAGACGAUGACGACGAUGAUGAUAUGCCUGUAGCUCGCUCUGGUCGCAUCAGAGGAUCACGCGCCGGCCUUGUUGCUUCCGACAUCGAACCACCUGCUGAAACAAUCGAGGAGGCUACAGAAGACCAACCUGCAGGUGGAAGUCGGCGAUUAACUCGUGGGUCAAAAUCUAAGCAACGCAAGAGCGGCGCAGAAGCUAGCAGUGACUUUGAACCCGAUGAGGACCCCCUAGAAGAUGAUCUUUCUGCAUCAGACGCAUCACCCAAGAAAAGAAACAAAGACGAUGAUUCGGAGUCAAGCCGUCCUGGGAGAAGCAGACGAGCUCAAGCUAAAUCGAAAAGCACUUCUCGGAGAAGAGGGAGUAUUGGUUCAGAUGUCGAUGAGCCACUUGAUCCUGAUGAAAUAGCAGAGGAACUGGCAGAUCUCAAACCUAGUGGAAGGAGACGACGACCAGCAGCAAGAGAACCAUCCGAGAUUCUGUACGAGCAGAGAGGAGGUCGUACAAGAAAGCCGGUCGACUAUUCUAUAAAGCCAAUGGACCAAAUUUACGCCGCGGACGAAGGCGAAGAUGCCGCCGCCACUCCCACAAGGCGCCCUGCUAGAGGUGGACGCAAUGGCGGUGCCAGCCAGCCUUGGGAACGAAAUCUAUACACGACAUUCGGGCCAUUUGGCGGCGGUGGUGGCCCAGCACCAGUCAUUGGUGGUCCCUGGGGAACCGGAGCUACAGGUGGUGUCGAUUCUGAUAGCAGUGACGAUGAGACAAUGCAACGGCCAUCUGGAGUGGGAGGCAAUGUGGGCAUGACCCCAACAUCUGCGUUUCCACCUGGAUUGCUUCCUGGACUGGGCCAGACACACCAGGAUCCUGCGGCAGCUCUCGGUGGCACACCUGCAAAUCUGGGGAAAGUCAAAAGCCAGAAAGCGCUGGCGGAUGCCGACCCUCUAGGUGUUGACCAAAAUGUGGACUUCAGUAAGAUUGGUGGAUUGGAAGGUCACAUUGACCAGCUCAAAGAAAUGGUGCAGAUGCCACUCUUGUAUCCCGAGCUUUUUUUGAAGUUUCACGUCACUCCACCGCGUGGUGUCUUGUUCCAUGGCCCGCCUGGCACGGGAAAGACCUUACUUGCAAGAGCACUUGCUGCCAGUGUUGGCUCUGGAGGAAGAAAGAUAACAUUCUACAUGCGCAAAGGAGCCGAUGCCCUGAGCAAGUGGGUUGGUGAAGCCGAAAGACAGCUCCGACUGCUUUUUGAGGAAGCAAGAAAGACCCAACCAAGUAUCAUCUUCUUUGACGAAAUUGAUGGGCUUGCACCAGUUCGAUCAAGCAAACAAGAACAAAUUCACGCUUCUAUCGUUUCGACAUUGCUUGCUUUGAUGGAUGGUAUGGAUGGUCGAGGUCAGGUCAUUGUUAUUGGUGCCACUAACAGACCAGACAAUAUCGAUCCUGCACUAAGGCGUCCGGGGCGUUUUGACCGAGAGUUUUACUUUCCGCUCCCUGAUAUAGAUGCUCGAAAAUCUAUCCUCAAUAUUCACACCAAGGAUUGGGGUAUCGAUGACAAUUUCAAAACCUCACUCGCUCACGUCACAAAAGGCUACGGGGGUGCUGAUCUUCGUGCUCUUUGCACAGAAGCAGCUUUGAACGCCAUCCAGCGCACAUACCCUCAAAUCUACUCGUCGAACGACAAGCUCCUGGUCGAUGCUGACAAGAUCAAGGUUACGGCGAAAGAUUUCAUGCUUUCUGUCAAAAAGAUGAUCCCUUCUUCCGAGCGAGCAACAUCAUCUGGAGCAGCUCCGCUACCUAAGGCGGUCGAACCUCUCCUUCGAAACCAGUUGAAGGAGAUCGAGUCAAUCUUAGACGGCCUUAUCCCUAUCAAAAAGAAAACCACAGCCCUGCAAGAAGCUAUGUACGAGCAGUAUGACGACGAUGACCAUGGUUUCGGACGAGAGACACUUCAGCAAGACUUCGAGAAGUCUCGUGUGUUUAGGCCAAGGCUGCUCAUUAGUGGAGAGCCAGGCAUGGGCCAAUCAUACUUGGGUGGUGGAAUCUUGAACCAUUUUGAAGGGCUCCAUGUGCAGAGUUUUGAUCUACCAACGAUAUAUAGCGAUUCUGCAAGAUCUCCCGAAGCUGCUAUUGUGCAGUUGUUUGCCGAAGUGAAACGCCAUAAACCGAGUGUUAUCUAUCUGCCUGGAGUCGAUACGUGGUACCACACACUAAGUGAGGCUGUGAUAACAACUUUCCUUGGCUUGCUACGCUCUAUCCCGCCUACCGAUCCUGUACUGGUCCUUGGAAUUACCGACAGUCCCACGGAAAAAGUCAAUUCAGACCUGCUUAGGGAUCUGUUUGGGUUUUCACAAAAAAACCGCUUCGUCAUUGAGCGUCCUUCAAGACAAUCUCGAAUAGAGUUCUUCGCUACGAUUGCUGAAUACGUCCGGAAGGCUCCGAAGGACUUCCCUGAACCAUUGAAUAGGAAGAAGAGGAAGCUUGAGGUAUUACAGGUCGCGCCUCCUCCGCCACCAAAGGAGCCCACGAAAGAAGAAAUCAAGGCACUAAAGAAGAGAGACCAUCAACUUUUGAACUUGUUGAAAGUCCAGAUUCAGCCAAUUAUGGAUCAGAUCCACCGGAAGUACAAGAAAUUCAGAACUCCAGUCAUCCCUCAACACCAGAUUCAGUAUCUGUAUGAUGAGCAUGACCCUGCAUUCGUGCGUCCUGAUAUCGCCCAGUUUAGACCUUUCGAACUCGAUACCGAUAAAGAUGGCGUCCAAGGCCUCCGGGAGACUGCGAAUAACAAAUUCUUCUACAACUUGGAAACAACGACAAUUGAAGAGCGUCUAUCCAAUGGAUUCUAUGCUCGUCCGAAAGAUUUUCUUGCUGAUAUCAGAUCCCUUGCCAAGGAUGCCAAACACAUUGGAGACAAAGAGCGAGCACUGAAAGCCAACGAGCUGCUCGCGAAUGUUGAGGUUGAUAUUGCAACUAUCGAGGCACAACCCGCCUUUGCAGACUGCGAGAAUGUGUACCAAAGACAGCUGCAGAGAGCAAAAGAGCGCGAGGAGAAGCAUAAGAAGCGUCUUGCUGCAGAGCGUACUUUCGAAACGGUUGUCCAAUCUGAUAUGCCUGAGAGUGGUUUGGAUUCGGAUGAACAAAACUCGGGACCCGUGACCGUAGGGGAGGGCUUACCAGGAAAGCAGCCCAUGUCGAUUGUCACACCUCUUCGUACUCCCAGCGGCUUGUCGAAUGGCUUUACUUCUACUUCGGGUACUGGACCUUCGCACGCUCAGAACGGCUCUGGACUAUCGCAUAGUGAUGAUGUCCAGAUGAGCGGGACCGAUGACCAAGCAUCACAAGCAAUGCAACCGCCAGGUCAGCCCAGUAUGACUAGUGGACCAUCUCGACCAAAUACACAGCUGUCUCAACGAUCUGUAUUCCAAGAGAUCUCUCAUGACACUUCUCCUGCAGAUUUGGCCAACUAUGCUUCAACUACCACCUCGGGGAAGAAGACUUCAGAAGGCUGGAGCACACAAGCCACCAACGGCAUCAGCCAUAACAACUCAUCCAGCCCGAUCGAAAGGCUAGGCAUUGAUUCCGAACUCCCAGAUACCCAAGGCAAUACCCAACCCGACACUAGCAGCAGCGAAGAUUGGAUGCACUCGCAAGCUCACGCCAUGGCCCGCGGCCAUCUCAACCAGCUCUUACCAUCUCAGACGCCUAGUUCAGGAAGCCAACAAUCUCAAGCACCCACAGUCCCAGCCUUCAGCACCGGUCCUCAUAUGCCAGUCUCCAAGUCCCAUCCGACCGGCUUCGCCAACCUACUGAACGACUCGCCGGUCGAGCCAACCUCCUCACAAGCUUCCUCCCAGAAAGAUAUCAUCAUCGACGACUCUUUCGUCGAAAAUCUUAUCACGCAUCUAGUGGACGGUUCAAGCGGCUGUUCGAUCGAGCAACUAGAGCAGAUCAAUAGAGAGUUGAUGGAGUCUCUGUGGAAGGAGCGCGGCGAGUACAAUCGGAACCAAGUCGUUACACGGCUGGCGUCUGUGUUCAAUGAGACAAUCGUUGAUAUUGAGGAGAUGCAGAAGGUAUUGGCGGCUAGUCAGCCGAACCCGCUGCAUUCGUAG